UAUAUUAAUCCAGAUCGAGGCACACAAGAACAGACUAUAGCUACCUAUAUCUAUCUUGUUAUUUCUACCUAGACCUUAAUUAACUCGUUCCGUUCAUCCAUGAUCCAUCUAUAUAUAGACGUCACCCGUGCCUCCAUUCUUCACACCAAAAAUCAUCCCCAAUCUUACAUCAACUACCUACUUCCUACGUAGCCCAGUAACUAUACAUUAUUAAGGCUAACCAGUAACUAACUAAGGCACACGUACGCAAUGGUGGCGCUCGGACGCCGUUCAUGGCUGGUCCCGCUGGCCAUGGUGCUCGCCGUCUCCAGCUGCCUCGCCGGCCCGGCGAUGGCCGCCGGAAAGACCGGGCAGAUGACCGUGUUCUGGGGCCGUAACAAGAACGAGGGAACCCUCAAGGAGACCUGCGACACCGGCCUCUACACCACCGUCGUCAUCUCCUUCUACAGCGUGUUCGGCCACGGCCGCUACUGGGGCGACCUCUCCGGCCACGACCUCCGCGUCAUCGGCGCCGACAUCAAGCACUGCCAGUCCAAGAACAUCUUCGUCUUCCUCUCCAUCGGCGGCGCCGGCAAGGACUACUCCCUCCCGACCUCCAAGUCCGCCGCCGACGUCGCCGACAACAUCUGGAACGCCCACAUGGACGGCCGCCGCCCCGGCGUGUUCCGCCCCUUCGGCGACGCCGCCGUCGACGGCAUCGACUUCUUCAUCGACCAGGGCGCGCCCGACCACUACGACGACCUCGCCCGCAACCUCUACGCCUACAACAAGAUGUACCGCGCCCGGACGCCGGUGAGGUUGACGGCGACGGUGCGCUGCGCGUUCCCGGACCCGAGGAUGAAGAAGGCGCUGGACACCAAGCUGUUCGAGCGCAUCCACGUCCGCUUCUACGACGACGCCACCUGCUCCUACAACCACGCGGGGCUCGCCGGCGUCAUGGCGCAGUGGAACAAGUGGACGGCGAGGUACCCCGGCAGCCACGUCUACCUGGGCCUCGCGGCGGCGAACGUGCCGGGGAAGAACGACAACGUGUUCAUCAAGCAGCUCUACUACGAUCUGCUUCCCAAUGUGCAGAAGGCGAAGAACUAUGGCGGAAUCAUGCUCUGGGACAGGUUCUACGACAAGCAGACCGGUUACGGCAAAACCGUCAAGUACUGGGCUUAAUUAAUUAACCUACUACUACUAUUUACUGCUACUAUGCGUUAAUUUGUGCGUGUGUGUUUGAGAAUAAAAUAUGUUGGUGUGUGUUGGUUUUUUUAUGUAGGUAUAUGAAUAAAACGAGAUCCAUAUGUAACGAUGGAGAUCUCGAGUUGUUUGUUUGUUGGUCAUCAAUCGAAUAAAGUGUAUGAACAAUAUAUCAGAAAUGGUUAUUAUGUAAUUUUGUCUCUUGUUAA